AUGCGUUCAAUUCAGGCCUUUCUCGGCGCCGCCGGCCUCGUCACUUUCGCCCAUGCCUACACCAAACCAGGCGCAAGCACUUGGGGUCCUCUACUCACACCAGACUUGUCCCAGCCCAUCACUCAAGGCAAAGAAGUCCAAGUCACCUGGGAUCCUGAAAGCCACCCUACCGAUGGCGUCACUGUCAGCCUUGUUCUCUGCCACGGCGCCUCGUCCAACUGCGUCCCAGCGGAUACUGCGAUCGCAUCAGGCAUCCCCGCCGACCAAAAGUCCUUCAACUGGUCUGUUCCUUGUGACUUGGCUCCAGGAAAGCAGAGUACCGAUACUGGAUACGGCAUGCUGAUCAUCGUCGACGGCACCGGAGAGUUUCAAUACUCGACUCAAUUCUCCUGCCUUGAGAACGCCAGUUGCGCCAGCUCAGCCCCUUCUAACACGACCACAACCAGCUCCGCCAACUCCAGCGCUUCUGUCGCCAUCCUACCACCAUUCCAAGUGACAGAAUCGUCCUCUAUCCCAGCGAACGCCACAGCACCCGAAACCACGACAGUUACUUCCGAUUCGGCCGUAUCGACCACGGGCCCAAACUCGUCUACGGCUUACCUUAUCACAUCCACCACGGUCGUCGGCUACACCAGCGCAGCUACAACUGGUUCGGCUGGCACAGUGGCCACUGCUGGCAGCGGCUCGACAGGGUCUGCAUCCGGUCCAUCGGCGACCCCCUCGACCUUUGCGGGUGGUGCUGCACAGCUGAUUUGGAACAUUGGAGGCAUCUUCGUGGCUGGAGCGGCUACUUUGUUCGCACUGUAA